AUGAGAGCCCAUGAAGACGCGGGACAAGUGUACUCCAACGGUCAUGCAACAAACUCCAAUGGUUCGACGCCCCGGAAGCCUUUAAACACAGCCCUCAAUGGGCACAACCCCAGUAACGUCAACGGAUCCAGCCCCUCCUUUACCAACGGUGCCACGAAGAAAUUAUCGCCGGUCCGAUCACCGACGUAUCGCGGUCAUAAUAGAGAAGAAGUAACCAGAAUCCUCAUUCAGGGUCUGCUGGACAUGGGAUACCCAGAAGCUGCUAAUGUUUUGAGCACGGAGAGUGGUUAUGAACUGGAGAGCCCCUCGGUUGCCGCAUUUCGGAACGCCAUUCUAGAAGGCAUCUGGUCUGAAGCCGAAGAAAUCCUCCUGGGUCCCCAUCGCAUCGAUCUCGGAGGGGGACCUCGCGCGGAGGAGGAUGAUGAUGGCGACGGAUAUGCAGAAGGUCUCGUACUAGCCGAAGGUGCCGACAGGGGUCAGAUGCUUUUUUGGAUUCGACAACAGAAAUUUCUUGAGUUGCUUGAUCGACGAGAUCUUGGGGCCGCCUUGACGGUGUUGAGACAAGAGUUAACACCCUUGGGACACGACAUACACCAGUUGCAUGCUUUGUCCACUUUGCUUAUGUGCCCUCCCGAGGAUCUCAGAAGUAAAGCACAUUGGCCCGGCACCGUGGAAGAGUCGAGAAAGAUGCUCCUUCAAGAUCUUUCUCGGUCCAUUGCCCCUUCGGUGAUGAUUCGAGAUCACCGGUUAGCGGAAUUGUUUGAUCAAGUCAAGCAAACCCAGAUCAAUCAGUGCCUCUAUCAUAACACCUCCAUACCUCCGUCACUGUACUCGGACCAUCUGUGUGAUCGCGACGACUUUCCGUCUCGGAACAUUUUACAACUCGAAGACCAUACAGGCGAAGUCUGGCACGUCCAAUUCUCACAUGACGGCACGAAACUGGCCACCGCCAGUCAAGACAAGACCGUCAAUAUCUACGAAACGGUGACGUUCAAACGCAUCCAUAGCUUGACGCAACAUUCCGGAGAGGUGACAUACGUGGCGUGGAGUCCCGAUGACACCCAACUCAUCAGCUGUUCCCAAGACUGCAAGGCUCGAGUAUGGGACGUUGAGUCGGGAAGACUAAGGGUGACGCUGGAACAUCAAACCGUCGAUCAGAAUUAUGGCAUCACCGCUGCGGCGUGGUCGCCCGAUUCGAUGAGUUUUGUGACGGCCAGUCACGAUCGGAAUUCGCAAUUGUGCCACUGGAAUCUUCGAGCCCCGGACCCAGAGCAUCCCGUCCACACGUGGCCUCGGGGAUUUCGAGUCCAGGACGUGGCCAUCACCGAGGACGGACGCUGGCUUGUUGCCUUGGACCCCCAGAAUAUUAUCCGCGUCUUCGACAUGCACACGUAUCGGGAAGAGCCUCCGAUCAAAACGAUCGGCAAGAUGACGAGUAUUUCUUUGAGUCACGAUGGCAGCACUGUUCUUGUCAAUCUAGCAGCGGGAGAAGUCCACAUGAUCGACCUCGUCACGAGAGACACGAUACGAAAAUUCCGGGGCCAGAAACAAGGCGAGUUUGUGAUUCGGAGUUGCUUCGGAGGAGCAGCGGAGAAUUUCGUGGUGAGCGGCUCUGAAGAUGGCAUGAUCUACGUGUGGCAUAAGGAGAACGAAGCCCUCAUCGAGAAGUUGCCCGGUCACGGCCGAGGCCAGAGCGGCAAGGAGUGUGUGACAACGGUCGACUGGAAUCCCAAAGAUGCUGGCAUGUUUGCAUCUGGCGGUGAUGACCGCAAAGUGCGAAUGUAA